UUUGUGAGUUGAUUUUCAUGCCAAUAUUACAACCAACACUACUUCAAUAUGGUUCUCACCCAUUACACAAAAAACCAUGGAGAAGAAGCACGAGAAGGAGAAAAGCUAAGCCAUGAAAGCCAGGAACUUCUUCUUUCUCUUCCAAAAGAAAAAGGAUGGAGAACCCCUUAUCUCUACAAGUACCAAGGAUUUUGGUGCCAGCCAAUGGAGAUUCAAGCUACAGUUUCUUUCCAAAAGCACUUCCUAGCACGUGACACAGAUGUAGUAUUAGCUACUAUACCAAAAUCAGGCACCACAUGGUUAAAAGCCUUGGCCUUUGCUAUUGUGAAUAGAAAGCGUUUUCCAAUCUCAAACAACCACCCUUUGCUUUCUUACAACCCCCACGAUCUUGUACCUUUCUUUGAGUACAAGCUUUAUGCAAAUGAGCAACUUCCUGACCUUUCCAACCUUUCCAACCUUCCACAACCUAGACUUUUUGGCACUCAUGUUCCAUUUGCUUCUUUGGCUAAUCCUAUCAACAAGUCUAGCAGUAGGGUUGUUUAUCUUUGUCGAAACCCAUUUGAUACUUUUGUCUCCUCGUGGCAUUACACUAACAAAAUUAUUCCAAAAACUCAAGCCCCAAUGCCAAUAGAGGAUGCAUUUGAAAUGUAUUGUAAAGGGAUUGUUGGGUUUGGUCCAUUUUGGGACCACAUGUUGGGGUACUGGAAAGAGAGCAUAGAGAGACCUCACAAGGUGUUGUUCUUGAAAUAUGAGGACAUGAAAGAGGAUGUUAGUUUUCACUUGAAAAAGUUGGCUGAUUUUCUUGGGUUCCCAUUUUCUUUGGAGGAAGAGAGAGCUGGCUGUGUUGAAAAGAUAGCAAAGCUCUGUAGUUUUGAGAAUUUGAAGGAGUUGGAGGUAAACAAAGCUGGCAAGUCUAUUAAGAACUUUGAAAACAAAAACUUGUUUAGGAAAGCUGAGGUGGGAGAUUGGGUAAACUAUCUAUCACCUAGAAUGGCGGAGCAAUUAACCAAAGUCAUGGAGGAGAAGUUAGGUGAUUCUGGUUUGUCAUUCAAAGUGUUACCUUAGAACAGGAUAGAAAGGUGAAGUCACUGUUCAAAUAAAUUCACAUGCGGUUAAAUUGCUCUUCAACUCGAACAAUAUUGCAUGUACUCCUCAUGUUGUAAGAAAAUUUCUCUUUUGUACAAAUAUGGUAUUAGCAUGUUGUUUAAUGAAAGCAUUUCAGUUUUUGAUAAAUCAAAUAAAAGGAUUUGAUGCUUGUUUUUACCA